UGAGAGAGCGAGAGAGAGAGAGAGAGAGAGAGAGAGAGAGAGAGAGAGAGAGAGAGAGAGAGAGAGAAGCUACUGGAUGCGUAACAUUCUCUCCUCUUCUUCUCUUACAGUGCCGAGAAAAUAUGGCCGAAAACAACACCAAUCUCUUUUUGGAAAUACUCCAGUCAUUUGAUGUUGGUGAGUUUUUUCAACUCCCUCUCUCAGCUACUCCUCUGCUCCUUUGUUGUGGUUUAUCUGUUUUCACUGGAAUGUAGGGGUUUAAUGGUGAUGAGAGUACUGUAGUUGAAUAUUUUCUCAGGAAAAGAAAACAUGCAUUCCAAACAGCAUUUAUCGGUGCUGACAGUCUAGUAUAUAGACACAAGACAAGGACAGACCCAUAAAAUUAGCAAUAUUGCAAAGCUUCCUCUCUGUUAGUGUUUUUUUCCUCUGUCCUCCCAAAUGUAAUUUCCAGAUGAAAACUGACUUCAUGUCUGCUUUUCCCUUUUCCAACAAUGAAAAACUAUGUAGAGGUAGCAGAGUAGGUUUACACUUUAUAAAACUUAACUGUACCAAAGGAAAUGUAUUUGUUUUUGCUGGCAGUGGUACACUGGAAUUUGUCCUCUGUUCCUUUCUCUCUUUUCAAAGAGACGCAUAUGGUGACCAUAGCAUCUCAGGGAGCAAGUCAAAGACAACAAAAUGUUGAUCCUUAAUUUGUGCUGAUCCUUAAUUAAACCCCUACAUUCCAGGAGAUGUAACCAGUUUUAUGUCUCUGGAGGACUUGGCCUCAUAAACAGCACAGAGAAAGGACUGAUUAUUUUGUUGAGGGGUGCCGUCUUGACAGAGAUGCAUUAAUUCAUCGUCAUAACCGCGUGGUUGAUAUUAGGAUAGUUACUUGUGGGCUUGGCAGUACAUGUCUAGGCUGGGUUGAUUGAAAAUUGAAAAUCUUUCCCUCCAAAGGGCAGGGGGAAAUGUUAAGACUACCUGCUCAGUGCUGGAGGAUGGCAUGCCAUUUUCUCAAAAUACUAUGAACCACACUAUUACUAAUGAACGCUUCAGUUGUGAGUUUUUUAAUAAGGCUAUAAUACACUACAUGACCAAAAGUAUGUGGACACCUGCUCGUCGAACAUCUCAUUCCAAAAUCAGGGGCAUUAAUAUGGAGUUGGUUCCCUCUUUCAUGCUAUAACAGCCUCCACUCUUCUGGGAAGGCUUUCCACUAGAUGUUGGAACAUUGCUGCGGGGACUUGAUUCCAUUCAGCCAUGAGCAUUAGCAAGGUCGGGCACUGAUGUUGGGUGACUAGGCCCACAGUCGGCGUUCCAAUGCAUCCCAAAGGUGUUCGAUGGGGUUGAGGUCAGGGCUCUGUGCAGGCCAGUCAAGUUCUUCCACACCGAACAUGACAAACCAUUUCUGUAUGGAGCUCGCUUUGUGCACGGGGGCAUUGUCAUGCUGAAACAGGAAAGGGCCUUCCUCAAACUGUUGCCACGAAGUUGGAAGCACAGAAUCAUCUAGAAUGUCAUUGUAUGCUGUAGCGUUAAGAUUUCCCUUCACUGGAACUAAGGGGCCUAGCCGACCCAUGAAAAGUAGCCCCAGACCAUUUCUCCUCCUCCACCAAACAUUACAGUCGGCACUAUGCAUUCGGGCAGGUAGCGUUCUCCUGGCAUCCCCCAAACCCAGAUUCAUCUGUCGGACUGCCAGAUGGUGAAGCGUGAUUCAUCACUCCAGAAAAGUUUCCACUGCUCCAGAGUCCAAUGGCGGGGAGCUUUACACCACUCCAGCCGACGCUGGCGUUGCUUAUGGUGAUCUUAGGCUUGUAUACGGCUGCUCGGCCAUGUAAAACCAUUUCAUGAAGCUCCGGACGAUCAGUUCUUGUGCUAACGUUGCUUACAGAGGCAGUUGGGAACUCGGUAGUGAGUAUUGAAACCAAGGACAUACGAUUUUUAUGCGCUACAUGCUUCAACACUCGGCGGUCCCGUUCUGUGAGCUUGUGUGGCCUACUACUUUGCAGCUGAGCUGUUGUUGCUCCUAGAUGUUUCCACAACACAAUAACAGCACUUACAGUUGACCGGGGCAGCUCUAGCAGGGCAGAAAUUUGACGAACUGACUUGUUGGAAAGGUGGCAUCCUAUGACGGUGCCACGUUGAAAGUCACUGAGCUCUUCAGUAAGGCCAUUCUACUGCCAAUGUUUGUCUAUGGAGAUUGCAUGGCGGUGUGCACGAUUUUAUACACCUGUCAGCAACAGGUGUGGCUGAAUCCAAUAAUUUGAAGGGGUGUCCACAUACUUUUGUGUAUGUUGUUAGAUAAUAGAGUUUUAUUCAGGUCUUUUCAUACAAACCUCUCCUGUGUCCAAAAACUCUUACUCAAACCAAGAGAUAACUAACAGUCUCUUCCGUCUCUCUCCUUACCAGUCCCCCUGAUCAUAGCCUUUUGUGUGUCCAUUGCGGUGGGCAUCCUAUUGGGGGCGCUGGUCUAUGUAGUCCUGACCUGGAUGUCCCGUCGCAGGGCCGGCUCGGUCAGCAUCACCCGCUGGCCACCUAGCCUGUCCCACACCUCCCCACAUGCCCGCCCAGGCUUCAACCGCAACAGCAGUUACGACCGACGCAGCAACAGCCUGGUCAGCGCUGCCUUCAGCUUCCACCGCCAGGCCUCCUCCCCAGACCAGGCUGACCCUUUGGGUCGCAAGCCCAGUUUCAGGGCUUCCACUUUCCACCCACUCCUCCAGUGCAGCGAGAUCGCCCGGGAAGCUGAGGAGGGGAGCCAGACCACAUUGCCUCGUACCCCAACCCUGACCACUUCAGCUGAGUCAGCCCACCAAACCGCAGCCCAGGCUGCUGCCACCCCGCCCAGGCCUGAGUCGUUAUGGAGCAGUAGUAGUCUGAGGAGGUUCUAUGCCGCACAGACCCCACCUCCUGCUUAUGAGAGCAUUAUAAGAGCCUACCAGGAGACCUGCACGUAAGAAGAGAAUGGAUGGGUCCAAGUGUAUGAGCAGACUGACUGACUCCAGGGUUGUCAAUGGGUGCUACAAUAACUGGAUAUGUUUGACGUUUGAGGUGAAAAUGAAGAGCCUGAUGCUAAUAUACCAUAUGUCCCUGUGUGAGUGUGUGUUCACUUGUGUGUUUGCUUGUGUGUUUGCGUGUGUGUGUGUGUGAC